UUGUUUGGCCUGGCCGAGCGAGCGAGCGUGCGCGCGCCCCGGGCCUGGAAGAUGGCGCAGCUGCUGGAGAAGUUGCCGCCCGGCGACUGUCCCAGGUUCAUUCAUAGAAUAAUUGAUGGUAUUUGUGGCCAUGCACUUCCACGGUUUCGGGAUUAUGGAAAUGUUUGGAGUCUUGUAGAAUGGAUGGAGGUACUGGAAGAGGCUACAGCAUUUAUCAAACAUGCCUGCAGCAAACAUUUGUCAGAUGAAGAGGUUCAACAGCAACUGGAUGGACUAAGUGCAGCCCAUCAAGAAGCAAUUUUUAACUGUUUAAAAGCGAGAAAAGAGGAGCUCAGAUGGGCAUUAAUUGAGAACACCAAUAGUGUGACAUCUGCUCAACUACAGGAUUUUGAUUGGCAGCUAAAGUUACCUCUUUCAAGUGAUAAGAUUGCUUUUCUUCAAACACCACUGCUGAACCUUGACCUCAAUGUCAAGGAAAAUGGAGUAUUAAAACCUGUCACCAUUGAGAUGGACAAAGAAGAGCUGCAAACACUAAUUCACUCCCUGGAGGCAGCAAAUAAGGUUGUUCUACAAAUAAAGUGACUGGACUUGGCCGUUAGCAUCAAUGGAGACUGAGAGCAACUUGAACUUUGUGCUGAUACUGAAGUGAAGAAGAUUAAAGUUUGUAAAAAGUUACGUUAUCAAGCCUGGAGAACUCCCAAUAUCUUGAUGAAAACCUGUUUUGUCUUUUAAAGUGCUUGUUAACUUUAUGAAACUCGGUAGAGUUAAGUAUGGCCAGUAUUUCCGCACGAAUUGGCGACAAUUAUAGCGUUGUACUGUAAAGCUAUAUUUGCAACUAUAGUUUGUGCUUUAUUUCCUGACUGAGCUUUAGCUGGUUUAUAUAUUCUUUGCCAAACUCACGAAAGACACAAGAAGAAACUAUCACUGAAACAAUCUGAGAUUGUGCUCUUCAUUUAUUGUUCUGAAGAGGAAUUUGAGUCUGAUGUGAAACUGAAAAUACUGGAAUUUUUGCAGGACCUGAUUUUUUUUUGAUUUUUUUUUGCACGAAUUGACCCAAUUUUCACAACUGAAUGUCGAAUGAUUAGCUUUUGAGAUGGGAAAGAAAAUUGGGAAAAAUAUCCAGAAGAAGACCAUAUUGUUUAUUCAUUCAAUAUUCCAAUUUAUAAGAUAUUUGACCUGCUCACUAAUGCAUUUUCAGCUAUUUGUUCCAUUAUAUUUGUUAUGCAUGUUUGCAAAUUGCUUUAAAUAUUCCGGUCUAAUUCUGAAAUAAAGACUUGGAUUUUCCUGGUAAAUGGUGGUUCCUUGAAAUGCAGUGUCAGAAUUACGUCUUUCUGGGAUCAACCAGCCGUUAAGCUCUUGGGUUCUAUGGCACAUUAAAUCUGAAACAAAGUCCAGCAAACCUGCUGGUUGCAGAGAAGAAAGCUAAAGGCAAGAUGCAUUUUUACAUGUUUUGUUCAACGUUUUAAUUACUUUAAGAAUUUUUGAUAACAUUAUAAAUGAAAAUGUAAUAAAUUGUUUCAAUUCU